AUGAGUGUGGAAGUGUAUAGUGAAUGUCGUAUUCAACUGAGUCCAAUCAAUGGUAAAAAUAUAGAUUUCAAUCGAUGUAUCAUAGAAUUGCGUCAAUACGAUAUUGGUGAUUAUGCUUUACGAGCUAUUGAUAUGAAUAAUGAUAAAUCAGAAAUUUUUACUUGUCCUCUUAUUCGCCGUAAUCAAUAUAUAUUUGCACCAUCGGUCAAUGAACCUGAUAUACUCAAUAUAACAAAUAGUACAUAUCGAUUAUGGUUAAAUAAAAACUCACGUGAUGAAUUUCAUAAAAUACUGCGAACAUGUCUUGAAGAAUUUCUAAUUGUUAAAGAUAAUGAUAUUAAUCUUUCAUCACAACAGCAGAAUCAACAAAGAUCAAAAACAUUGUUAAAUGAACUAUGUACACAAGAAGAUGAGCCUUAUUAUCGGAAUGAGGAGCCAUUUGAUUGUAUUACUUGUAUGGAGACAAUUGAGAAAGAUGAAGGAAUCUUAUUCCAUAAUUGUCUUCAUCCAUUUUGUAAACCAUGUCUUUUAAGAAUGAUUGAAACUAGCACAGAACCAAUAAUUAAAUGUCCACAUGACAAUUGUACUGCACUUAUUACAGAACGAGAACUUCGAGGUGUAGCUAAAGAUUUAAAAACUGAUCAAAAAGUAAUCGGCCGGCUGAAUGAUAUUGGUGUACGUUUUGCUGAAAGUCGUAAUAAAACAUUUCAUUGUAUUACACCUGAUUGUACUCAUUGGUGGUUCAUAGAACCAGAAGAAGCUAACAAUAUGAUAUUUUGUAAUGGUUGUAAACGCUGGAUUUGCAUAACGUGUUCGGCAAUACACGAAGGUCAAACCUGUCGUGAAUAUCAAGAUGCAAAGUUGCGAGAGAUGAAUGAUGGUAAUGUUCGUAAAGAUGAAGAACAAUUAGAGGCAAUGAUUAAAAAUAAAGAAGUUAUGUAUUGUCCUGGUUGUCGUAUUAUAAUCCAAAAAAUAUCUGGUUGUGAUUGGAUUCAAUGUAGUCAAUGCAAAAUAGAAAUUUGCUGGCCAACACAAGGUCCUCGUUGGGGUCCGAAAGGACACGGUGAUACGUCAGGAGGCUGUCGAUGUCGUGUUGAUAAUGGCAAACUUUGUGUACCAAAUUGUCAAAACUGUCAUUAA